UCCCCUCCCGGCUUUGGGGGAACGCUGGAGACGCUCGUGUUUCUCCACAAACUGUGUUGACAAGCGACUGUUGAAAAGGGCUGGGAAAAUUACAUCUCAUCUCUGGUGGGGUGAAAUAUGAAACAUGUAAUCUAACGGUUCCUGAAGGAGGGGGGAGAGGGACUUCUCUCCCUCUCUCUGUUUUCCUGCUCCGAGUUCCUGGUUGGAUAAUUUGGGUUAAUACUAGUGAGUGAGCCUUUUGCUGCUUCAAAGGGUAUUUCAAGUUGCCGGAGCUCCUCCCCUCCGCACCGUGUGACAACAACAACUCGUCCAGCGAGCGAGCGGCGGCGGCGGCGGCGGCAGCAGCCAGCACUUCCCCGCUCAUUUUCUCUCUGUCAUUCCCCUCUCAAUCUUUGAUCAAUGUACUUGCCAGAGAGAACCGAAGUCCUUCAAACCUCCUCCUUUUCACCUUCGUCUUUAACGUGGUGCUAGAGCAAGGACCACAAAAAGAAACUGCCCUCCCCCUCCCCUCGGCCCCAGCCCCGCCGCCCGGAGCGGACUUCUCCUCCUCCUCCUCCUCCUCCGUCCCCACUUGCGGGACACUUUGUGCGUUCUCUCUCUCACUCUGCCCCCUGCUCUCUCGCUCGCCGCAGCACCUGAUCUGGGGUUAUCCCCCCCUUCUUCUCCCCCCUCCUCCCUUCUCUCCUUUCCUCUUUUUUUUUUUUUUUAAUAAUUUUUUUUUUAAUUUUUCCCCUUUCCCCUGCGUGUGUGUGUGGGAACUUUCCCCCCUCCCCCUGCCCCCUCCGCCGUAUAUGUGACCAUGGCCGUACCGGCUGCUUUGAUCCCUCCGACCCAGCUGGUCCCCCCUCAGCCUCCGGUCUCAACUUCUGCCGCCUGCACCACCACCACCACCACCUCGUCGUCGGCCACCUCGUCGUCGGCCACCUCCUCUCCGUCUCCGUCCAUCGCUCCUCCGCCGGCCGCUUCGGGGACAAACCUAUUCCGGCCGGAGCCCAUCGCAGCGGCGGCGGCGGCAGCGGCGGCCACAGUCACCUCCACCACCAGCGGCGGCGGCGGUAACGGCAGCGGCGGCGGCAGCGGCGGCGGCAGCCCCAGCCUGGGCACCGGCGGCGGCGGCAGCAGCAGCAGCGGCGGCGGCAGCGGCGGCACCUCCACUCCCAAUGCCAGCGCGGCCAGCGCGGCCGGCAGCCUGCCCGGCAAGCCCGUGUACUCGACCCCGUCCCCGGUGGAGAACACUCCCCAGAAUAACGAGUGCAAGAUGGUGGAUCUGAGGGGGGCCAAAGUGGCCUCCUUCACCGUGGAAGGCUGCGAACUCAUCUGCCUGCCCCAGGCUUUCGACCUCUUCCUGAAGCACUUGGUGGGGGGCUUGCACACGGUCUACACCAAGCUGAAGCGGCUCGAGAUCACGCCCGUGGUCUGCAACGUGGAGCAGGUCCGCAUCCUGAGAGGGCUGGGGGCCAUCCAGCCCGGGGUCAACCGCUGCAAACUCAUCUCCAGGAAGGAUUUCGAGACCCUCUACAACGACUGCACCAACGCCAGUUCUAGACCUGGAAGGCCUCCUAAGAGGACUCAAAGUGUCACCUCCCCAGAGAAUUCUCAUAUCAUGCCACAUUCUGUCCCAGGCCUAAUGUCUCCUGGAAUCAUCCCGCCAACAGGUCUGACAGCAGCAGCUGCAGCAGCAGCAGCUGCCACCAAUGCUGCCAUAGCAGAAGCAAUGAAAGUGAAAAAAAUCAAAUUGGAAGCUAUGUCCAACUAUCAUGCAAAUAAUAACCAGCAUGGAGCAGACUCUGAAAAUGGAGAUCUGAAUUCAAGUGUUGGCAGCAGUGAUGGUUCUUGGGAUAAAGAAAAACUUCAGUCUCCCCCCACCCAAGGAUCACAGGCCUCUGUUAACCACCCCAACUUGCCUGGACAGCAUAAUGUUCCAGUUAGCCAUCCUCUCAACCCUCUUCAACAGAACCACCUUCUGCCAAAUGGGUUGGAACUUCCUUUUAUGAUGAUGCCCCACCCGCUGAUUCCUGUGAGCCUACCUCCAGCCUCUGUCACCAUGGCAAUGAGCCAGAUGAACCACCUCAGCACCAUCGCCAACAUGGCAGCAGCAGCACAAGUGCAGAGCCCUCCCUCCAGAGUGGAGACAUCUGUUAUUAAGGAACGUGUUCCAGACAGCCCUUCUCCUGCUCCUUCUCUUGAAGAGGGCCGAAGACCUGGCAGCCAUCCAUCCUCUCAUCGAAGCAGCAGCGUGUCCAGUUCUCCUGCACGGACCGAGAGCUCUUCAGACAGAAUCCCAGCUGUCCAUCAGAACGGGCUCUCUAUGAACCAAAUGCUGAUGGGUUUGUCGCCUAAUGUCCUGCCUGGACCUAAGGAGGGAGAUCUGGCUGGUCAUGAUGUGGGACAUGAGACAAAAAGAAUGCACAUUGAGAAAGAUGAGACCCCGCUCUCCACACCAACCGCAAGAGACAGCCUUGACAAACUUUCUCUAGCUGGGCAUGGGCAACCGCUACCUCCGGGUUUUCCAUCUCCUUUUCUAUUCCCUGAUGGAUUGUCCUCCAUAGAGACCCUUCUGACUAACAUCCAGGGUCUACUAAAGGUUGCUAUAGACAAUGCCAGAGCUCAAGAGAAACAGGUCCAACUGGAGAAGACAGAGCUGAAGAUGGAACUCUUCAGGGAACGAGAACUGAGGGAAACACUUGAAAAACAGUUGGCUGUGGAGCAAAAGAACAGAGCAAUAAUUCAGAAAAGGCUAAAGAAGGAAAAGAAGGCAAAGAGGAAAUUGCAGGAAGCACUUGAAUUUGAGACUAAACGACGAGAGCAAGCAGAGCAAACACUGAAACAGGCAGCUUCAACAGAUAGUCUCAGGGUCCUUAAUGACUCUCUGACCCCAGAGAUAGAAGCUGACCGCAGCGGGGGCAGAACAGAUGCUGAAAGGACAAUACAAGGUUCACUAGAUGCCUAUGCCUAGCUCCCAAUCCGGUUUCCCAAGACCCCCUCAUCCCACACAAAAAGAUGGAAGACUUUAUUUGAAAACUACUGUCAUGUAUUGAAUUUUUCCUGCUGAAAAUACGUGUGCUACGGUAAAGAACGUUGCAGUGAGACAUUGGCUCAUAAGGAGUUCUGUGGAAACAAAACGUUUUCAAACCAACUUCCUCAACUUCAUUUAUCAAUGUUCUUCAAAAGUGUAAAGAAUUCUGCAAGAGUGUCCUCCUCUGGUUAUCUCCUGUGACUCAACCUGGAGAUCUAGAGAAUGUUUGUAAAUGUCCAGUAGCACUGUUCUCACAGCGAAAAUCUGCAUCUCUGUGCCGGACUAUUGUAUCCAAAAUUGCAGGCAGUUAGAACAAGGCUGAGUGUUCCCUUUUUCAAGGAAUGCAGACUUUCUCCUCCUCUGAUGAUUCUAUAUUUGAGCACAUCCAAUGAUCCUUCCAGCGGUGUUCAAGUACACUUACAGACUGUUAUACCAUACCGAAACCAGCAAGACAGCUCAGAAAUGAACUUGUAGAGGGCAUAAGAGGAUUCUUAUUUUAAAAAAAAAGGAAAAAAAAAAGGUAAAAGAAGAAAAAAUUGAUACAUUCAGUUUUCAAACAAUGAUCGUGGGUUUUUCUUCUAAAGACAUUUUUUCCACAUGCUUUCCAAGAGACCAACACAUAUAUGUUAGACUACAUUAAGUGAAAUCAAAUUUUGUGUAAGUGAAAAGAAAUGCUGAAUGUAAACAAACUGUUUUACCAUUCACAAAUUCUCUUUUCCUAAAAUAAAAUUUAAAAAAAUAAAAAGAAUAAUAAUUUCUCAUUGUAAACUGGCAGGGGUUUAUGAAAUAAAAGACUUUGCUUCUUAUCAAAAUGUUGGUCACAUGUACAGUAUAUAACACAAAUCACACAAGGAAGGUAUUAUGUAUGCAGUAGAAAUCUAGAGUUUAGGAAAUGAAACUUUUAGAUAAUAUUGUUUUGUCACCCUGUUGGUCAGAAAGACACCUUUCUAGUUUUAACGCAUGCAGGCAUGUAAAUAUUUGUCCUGGAGUCACAGUAUUACUGAAUGAGAUCUUAAGCAUCUGGUAACAAGUCAGAAUUCUGUAUCAGCCACUUUUAUUUGUAUAUUGAGCCCUGGUUAGUGUCCUGACUAGUGCACUUCUAAGAAUGGACUGUGGCUGAGCAGCAAGUCAAAAUGCCAGAAAUAUUUUUAUAUGUUAAUGUCAUAUUACGUCAAUGUUGCUAAAAAAAGAAAACCUAACAAACACUUGAUGUAUCAGUCCAAUUCCACGUAGAACUGAGUGAUACAGUUGAAGUCUGUUGUCCCUCCCACCUUGUCUUAGGGAUGGAUGGUUAUGUGUUACUUUCACUGUCUUUAUGAAAGCUACAAUAUGUGUUUUCACCUUUGUGCUGAUAACUGGAAGUAAGCUGCAAAACACUGCUUAUUACAUUACUAGAAGUUAUGUUCUUUGCUUUGCAUACUUUUGGGUUACCCCUUUAAAGACUGAUUUUGUGAAUCAGUGCUAUUACUGUAAGUUUUGUGAUUAUGCUUUCUUCAUCUAAUGUUUUAUGCAUAUAAGAUAUUAUUUAUUACAUGGAAACAUAUCAAAACCUUAAAUGUCUAAGAUGCCUAACUUAAAGCAAAUAUUUCUUUAAAAGUAGUUCUGAUUGGAUAUUAAUAAUAUUUUGUCCAAAAUAAAAAAAAAAUCUAAUGUUUUGUAAACUCUAGCACUGAGCUUCUGUAGUUUGUAGGUCUUCCUCGCAAUACUGGUACACAUUUAUUUUGUGCAGUUCAUAUUUACUCCACCACGAUCCUUUUUUAACAAUAGAAAGAUGUAUAUACAAGUUCACAUCACAGUAAUUUUUUUAAAGAAAUAUUGAGCAAUAUUUUUCAUUAAAUAUUGUUGUCUAAUACUUUGUAGUGAUGUUAUUUUCUAACCAUGAUUCCUUCAUGAUUGUCAUAGUUGCUUAAACACACAUGGGAUUCAGUACUCCAGUUUUUUCGUAUGCAGUCUUUAAAGGGUUAACAGCUGUAAAGUUAGAUGGACUUGUGGCAAGCUUUUGAAUCAUUCAUAUCUGAAAGAGAAUUAAAAGCCUACAACUGAAAUAUGUACUAGCAUUUACCAUUGCUCUGCUCCUUGCAUAGAGUCACCUGUAAGUAGGUUUAGUAGUUUUACAGUAUAUUCUUUCAAGACCUUUGGGAAUGCCUCAGUGUUUGGCUUGGUACAUAAACAGAAGUGUUAAGGAAUAAAGGGGAACCAAUUUAUGAGCUGGAUGUUUAGAAAGAAUCUUGAUAAAAACCGUGUAAAUAUUACAGACCAUGAGAUGUUACCGUAAGUUGAAGUUUUUUGCCCCUCUUUAGUUUUACAGGUUUUGGGUUGGUAUUUUGGUUUUUGGGUUUUGAUUUGGAUUUUUUUUUUUUUGGCAUAGAUUAUGAAGAAAAGUUCUCCUCAUGUUAUUGUUUAUAUGCUUUUGUAAUCUUAAAGAUAUUAAUGUCUAGUUGUUCUAUAUUAUAACCAUAUUUGCGCUCUAUGCAAGCCCUUGGAACAGAACAUACUCAUCUUCAUGUAGGACCUAUGAAAAUUGUCUAUUUUUAUCUAUAUAUUUAAAGUUUUCUAAAAAUGAAAAAAGGUUAUUACGAAUUUUGUUGUACAAAAUCUGUACAAAAAUCUGUUUUUACAUCAUAAUGCAAGAAUUGGAAAUUUUUCUAUGGUAGCCUAGUUAUUUGAGCCUGGUUUCAAUGUGAGAACCACGUUUACUGUUAUUGUAUUUAAUUUUCUUUUCUUUUCAACAAUCUGCUAAUAAAACUGUCUGAAAUCUC